AACUGUUGUCAUUUCCUAUUGCAAUAGAAAAGUGGGAAAAAUAUUAACACCAUUAUUUAUUUAAAUGUUUUUAUGGAUAUUAGAUUGAUAAUAAAACAAUUAUUAAUUAAUAAUGGCAGCUAUUCUAGGAGGGGGUCUAGGUGGAUUGUCCACUGCAUAUUAUUUAUUAAAAAACAAUGUUAGCAACAACAAUAACCUGCGACUGUUCUUACUAGAAGCAACAAACUAUUGUGGUGGUUGGAUCAAGUCUAUUAAAACGAAAGACUAUAUAUUCGAACAAGGACCACGUACUAUAAGACCUAAAGGUAUUACCGGUUUGAAUACAUUAAAUAUGAUGGAAGAUUUAGGUCUCAGUGAGCACCUAUCUCCUGUCAGCGCAGACCACCCGGCCGCUAAAAAUCGGAUGAUUUAUGUGAAUCAACAUUUACAUACCUUACCUUCGAGUUUGAAGGGAGUCUUCCAAAAGAAUUUGCCGUUUUCAAAACCACUAAUAUAUGCUCUAUUCAAUGAUAUAACACAACCAUAUAAACAAUUACAGGACGACUCCAUAUACAAUUUCGUGGAAAGGAGAUUCGGUAAGGAAAUAGCCGACUAUGCGAUCUCACCGAUGAUAUGUGGCAUCUGUGCUGGUGAUGCUAAAGAAAUAUCAGUAAAAUUCCUCAUGAAAACCUUGUUUGAGUGGGAGCAGAACCAUGGUGGAGUUGUCAAGGGAAUGAUGAAGUCAAUAUUUAAAUCGAAAUCUGGUGAAGAGUUAGAAUUAAGUAAUUUGGCAAAAAAGGCGCAGGAGGAGAAAUGGAAUGUCUAUACUAUAAAAGGAGGCCUCGAGACAUUCCCGGUGACCCUCUGUGAAUUCCUCAAACAGAGUGAGGUUGAUGUGAACUUGAAUACACGAAUUGAAGACCUAGAGUUUAUGGAUUCCAGCACUGUUUUGUUAAAGAACAGUAACGGUGAGAAAUUGAAGGUAAAUCAUGUUUACUCAUCUAUACCUGCCUAUUCCCUUGCCAAGCUUGUUCAGAAACAGCAUCCAGAGUUAUCGCAAUACCUAAAUGAUAUCCCAUUUGUAACUGUUGGUAUAGUUAAUCUAUAUUUCGCUACUGACAAAGAACUUGUAGCACCUGCAUUUGGGUUUCUAGUGCCACCUAUAGAAAAUUCACCAAUAUUAGGUGUGGUCUUUGACUCUUGCUGUACCCCACAUCAGAAUGGUACAGUGUUGACUGUCAUGCUAGGAGGGAGGUGGUUCAAAGAGAAAUUUGGUGACAAUGUCACAGAAAAAAAACUCUUGGAUGUAGCCGUACAAGAAAUUAACAAAAUUCUGAAUAUAAAAGAGAAACCGUCUGUAUAUAAUGUUAAUAUUUUGGAAAAAUGCAUUCCCCAAUAUGUGAUAGGGCAUUACGAGAGAGUUGGCAAGAUUAGGCAGUAUAUACAUGAUAAUAACUUGCCAAUUUCUUUAGUUGGUAGCAGUUAUGAUGGUGUUGGUAUCAAUGAUGUUAUAUACUCUGCAAAAAAACAAGUUGAAGAAGACUGCACAUAACAAAUGUGAUCAGAAAUGUUUCAAAGAAAAUUUCCCAAUUAAAAUAGCUUUAAAAUCAUAGUAAAUUUAAAAUAUUAAAAUGUGAUAUUGUCAAGUUAGAACAAUGGUUAUUUGUUUUAAAUGUUAUAUUUGAUUAAAUCUAUUUAACAUGCACUUAUGCCACAAAGAAUUGAGUAAUUUAAUAAUUGAUAAUAAUAAAUAUUUAUUACUUUUGUUUAUAAAAUAUUUUUAUUAUAUACUGUACUUUCAGAAUAUUUGUAAGUAUUUUAGGAGUAUAGAAUUAACUGUUUGGUAUCUAAGAUAUUUGAAUAUAUUUAACCGGCGAACUGGUAAACGCUGUCGUAACUUUUAAACGGGAGAGAGGUGUGGGUAUUAUUGGUAAUAGAAUAGAAUUGAUUGAGUCAUAUACUUAGUAUAU